AUACGAUUAUACUUUCAAAACAUAUCAUUAUAACCAUUAUUACAUAAUAAUUAAUGUUAUGUAUCACAAAUCUUCAUAUUAUUCUUCUUCCUUCUUUAUUAUGACCACAAACACGUGUAUAUAUAGCUGAAAAUCUUGAAGAAGCUAUAUCAUAAUUUGGAGCUUCAAAUGGCAGCACUCAGUGGUUGCAAGAAGGCUUUUCCUGCUUUCAAUGUCUCUCUGGUCCGCAAGCUAGGAGCGGAGUUCGUAGGAACUUUCAUCAUGGUGUUUGGAGCAACAGCAGCGCCCAUCGUGAAUAAGGAGCACGAUGGAUCAGCCGGAGCCUUAGUGGGAAACGCAGUGUGCUCGGGGCUGGCAGUGAUGGUGGUGAUAUUUUCCACUGGCCACAUCUCCGGCGCCCACCUAAACCCUGCGGUGACCAUCGCAUUCGCAGCACUGAAGCACUUCCCUUGGGCACAAGUUCUCCCUUACAUAGUAGUCCAGGUUGUGGGUUCCAUAUCAGCCUCUUUCGCUCUCAAGGCAGCCUUUCACCCCUUCAUGUCCAGUGGACUUACCGUUCCUGAAGUCACCGUUCACGAAGCUUUUGCGGUCGAGUUCAUCAUCACCUUCUUCCUCAUGUUCAUUGUCACCGCUGUGUCCACGGACACACGUGCGGCAGGAGAAUUGGCGGGAAUAGCAGUUGGAGCUACAGUUAUCCUCAAUGUUCUCAUAUCAGGGAAAUCAACAGGUGGGUCAAUGAAUCCCGUGCGGUCUCUAGGUCCGGCAAUUGCUGCUGGGAAUUUUAAAGGGUUGUGGAUAUACAUGGUGGCUCCACCACUAGGGGCCCUAGCUGGGGCAGCCACCUACACUGUUGUGAAGGUCUCGGAUAGAACACAAAAUCAGGUCCACGAUGACUCUAUUCGCCAGGAUUCCGCUUCAGCAAUGAGUGAUUAUCAGCCACAUCCCACAGGUAACAUCCUAAUAUGAUCUGCCGUACGCUCUUUAACCUGAAAGGGUAACAAGUUAUGGUCACCUUCCAGCUUCAACCAUUCCACCAAGAUUUGAGAAUGUACCGUGUUUGAAUACAUAUAUAUAUAUAUAUAUGUAUACAUAGUAGGCUAAUAAAUCAAGUACUGAUUGCCCACUUCUAGUCAUUCUAUUUACAGCGCACAUAAAAGAAACCCAAAAUGGUUAGAGAUAUGAACAAUAAGCAAAGAAAGCCGUAGCAGCCAGAAAGCGUGCUUCGAUAACAAAUUUUGAGACCAAUGAAAGCCAGUCAUUCUAUUCUUUCCCUUCUAGGUCCAAGUUGGGAAAGGUCUCACCUUUUCUUCCGAUUGCACGCGUUGUUUGAUUUGCCACGUCAAUGUUUUCAUUUAUUUGGUUUUUUAUCAUUUCUUCAUUGCCACUUCAAUUGCUCAGGGUGGGUGGUGGCUUCUGUAAUCAGUAUCCUAUAAAAUUUAUAGUGCUCCUGCAUAAAUGCAAGGGGGAAAACAGUAUAAGAGUAUUGUAUUUGUUAUGAGCAAAUAAAAUUGAUGAUUGUGAAAGUUAAAA